UUUACACACUGUGGCGCUGCUAUUCAUGCUUUGAGUACUACUUCCACCCUUCCAGAUCCUGUUGGCUGAAUCGAGCCACCCAAAAAAAAGAAAAAGAAAAAGAAAACGCGCUGAAAUAACGUUAUUACAUUCACCAUGCAUGCAUCGACAUGCAUAGAUCGUCUUGCAUGAAAAAGACAAAAACCCAAAGCAACAAUAGCAGAAUAUCUCCUCUGAGUGUGUGUGUGUGUGUGUGUGUGUGUACUGUACUGAGCCUGCAGCGGCACCCAGAAGUGAACAAAGCGACCCGGAAGCGGUGGUCCGACUGGAGGCAGGCAGAAAGAACAUCAAGCUUUUAUAUUAUAGCUGUACUCGCAAGACAAUAUCUGCAAUCAGGACACAAGGAUGGCGGAGCCUCGAUUUAAUAACCCGUAUUUCUGGCCGCCACCUCCAUCCAUGCCAGGCCAGCUGGAUAACCUGGUGCUCAUUAACAAGAUCAAGGAGCAGCUGAUGGCUGAGAAGAUCCGACCCCUGCACCUGCCGCCUACCUCCACCCCUUCCCAGCAGCCCUUGCUGGUACCCACCUCGUCCCCGGACGGUAGCGCUCAGCAUGGCAUGUCAGUGCAGAAGCCGCAGCAAGUGCCAGGCCACCACCCACAGCCGCAGGGCUCUGGACAACCGGACAUCGCUCUACACGCUCGCCCUGCCUCCAGCUCUGGACCAGAUGGAAAUAUGGACGACAAGUCGGCAGUGAAGGCCAAAGGACUGUGGGAAGACUGGCACAUGAGGCAGCUCGGGGAGCAACCGGGCCGGAUCAACCAUCGCUCAGUCUUCACUUACACAGGUCUGGCUCCUUCAUCCCGGCCCGACAGCCACAGCACCUCAGAGGCCCUGACCCCUACGACUCCAACCUCCAGCAGCCACAACCGCCUGGGCGGUGCCCCCUCUGUGAACAUCAUAUCUGGGCUGGCUAGUGGUCCUGGAAUGGACCACAUGAAAGCUGGAGGCUUGGCUGGACUCUUAGGCCCCCCACCCAAGGCACCCCGGGGACGGAAGAAGAUCAAAGCUGAAAACUCGACCGGUCCUCUGUUGGUGGUGCCCUACCCAAUCCUAGCUGAUCAAGGCUGUGUUACUAUCGCACCCAAAGAAGGCAAAACCUACAGAUGCAAAGUGUGCCCGCUCACCUUCUUAACCAAGUCAGAGAUGCAGAUUCACUCGAAGUCCCACACGGAGGCCAAACCACACAAGUGUCCCCACUGCUCCAAGACAUUCGCCAACGCCUCCUACCUGUCCCAACACCUGCGCAUCCACCUGGGGAUCAAACCCUACCACUGCUCCUACUGCGAGAACUCGUUCCGUCAGCUGUCACACCUGCAGCAGCACACCAGAAUCCACACUGGCGAUAGGCCUUAUAAAUGUGCUCACCCCGGAUGUGAAAAAGCUUUUACCCAGCUGUCUAACCUCCAGUCUCACCAGAGGCAGCACAAUAAAGACAAGCCGUAUAAAUGUCCUAACUGCUACCGUGCCUACUCAGACUCCGCAUCAUUGCAGAUCCACUUGUCAGCGCACGCCAUCAAAAACGCUAAGGCCUACUGCUGUAGCAUGUGUGGCCGGGCAUACACCUCAGAGACCUACCUUAUGAAGCACAUGUCCAAACACACAGUGGUGGAGCACCUAGUGAGCCACCAGUCACCUCAGAGGACCGAGUCGCCCAGCAUCCCCAUACGCAUCUCCCUCAUCUGAGCCCCCUCAGCUGCUCAGCAGCAGGUCGGAUUCAGAGUCUACGUUAGGCUGGAGCUUAUGAGGCCCUGCACCCACAGCCAUCUACAUAAGGCUUACAUUAGCAUUAUGACAGCUGACAUAAGCAUUCAGUAAACAGGCUGCCUCCAUCCAUCUUGACACAGGCCGUCUGUCAAAAAUGAGCACAGCGUUAUUUUGUGAAUGUAACAAUACAGCUAGAUGUUGUCCGGAGGAUCGAGUGGCAAAGAAUGUCUUGCGUCAGAUUUAAUAAGCACUUUCGUAAGCGUCAUGUAAACUGCCGGAUGCAUUGGCCAUCAUAAACGUUUUAGUUUAGUUGUUUUUUUUCUCUCUCUUCUUCCAUGAAAUGGGUUUCCAAAAUGUGCCAGAUGAUAUUUGCCCUUAUAAAGAAUUGAGAAAGUAGAAUUGGGUGUAUUCUGGAGACAUCCAAAGAUAAUCUUAAAGCACUUUUAGGCCUUGUGGUUUUGGCUCAAAUUGUUUCAAUCUUGUUGGAUGGAAAAUGCCAAAGGGCAUUACUUGUGGCAGCUAUGAGUACUGACUGUGUAUGAAUAACAGUCUUUUUCUGUUACUUUCAUUGUUCUCACUCACAUUUACAGGGUCAUCUAAAAUUGAAGAAAGGCAAUCUAGGUAGAUGACAAUUGAAACAUUUAAUGAUUGUAUUAAGGAGCUGUGUUAUUGACUUGGGGAGGCAAAAAAAAAAAAAAAAAAAAAAAUACAGCAACAUGUAAGGGAAGAAAGAUGAAUGUUUUUUUGUUUUUUUGUUUUUAAUUUCUAAAAUCUUUCACUCCAUAUUAAAUGUUCACCUUCUAUGGCACCUUUUAUGGUCAUAACAUGAUCAAAGAAAACACUGCUUUUUAUAUUACGUUUUCCUCACGUCCCAUUAACUAGUGCCAUAUAUGAACCUUGUUGGGGUUUAAAGAGAAAGCAAAUCUUGUUCUAGUGUCUGUGUCUGCUUUCUCUACUCAGCUAAGCUUUGACUCUUGUUUUUUUUUUAAGUAUUAGAGGUUGAAUACAUUGCACAUGUAUCAGUGCCAGCUCUACUCAGCCCGACUUUUAAAAUACACCUCAGCUGACAUUAAAUUUUACUCGAGUGGUAAAUUUUAAACUUAAACAUUGGACCAAAAUGUGACUGUACAGCUACUACGACCCAGUUAAGUUUUUUUUUUUUAUCCUUAAUAAGCUUUACCCAUUUGGAAUAAACUGCAGUAUAAGUCAUAUUCCAUAGAUCUGUAUUAUAAGUUCACAUGGAGGUGAUGCUUCUCCUUUUGAUUUAUUUUUUUUCUCCUUAGUAUUCUUUUUAUUGUACACAGUAUUGUUUGUUGUAUUUUUACUGUAACUUUAACCUCUGGAUGGUACAAUUAGGGUACCCUGUAUUCUUCAGGGCACUUCAGAAAAAGGUGCUACGGCUAGACGUUACGUUGGAGAUGGAACUGAGAAUAAUGUAAAAUACAUAUACAGUAUAUAGUAUGUUUUCAAAAGAAUAAAAACUUAUUACUCAAGCCACUGGCCUGAAAACAGACAUUUACGCCAACAACAGACCCUGCCUCUUCAACUUACUCUCAACUUUUGAGAUAAUGGGAAAAUGUACAUGUUGCUGUACUGUAAAACAUGUUACUCAUUUAUAGUACCUAUUUUUAAGUUUUCAUGAACACGUUCUGUUUGGGUUUUGUAAAAGUUUAUGUAUGAACUUACUGUAAUUAUUUUAGUCUACCCGUAUGUUAUUAAUAUUCAUGUUUUAUAUCAGUUAUUUACAUGUAAGCCUUAACUGUUUUAUCAUCCCAUUUUCCAUUACUCUGUAUUGUGUUCUGCAGUAUUCAGUCGUGUAAACAUUUUAAUUUUUUUCUUCCUUCCGCAUGGAGUUCCUGAGCUGUAAUCUGUAUGAUAACUGUUUAACCCAUGUUCUCUAUGAAAAGAUAUUGCGUAGAUUUAUUACACUUUUUCCUGUCUUGCAUUGUGGUUUCAUAUACGGUUUCUAGACAACUAAAUAUGCACAGCCAAGACUGAGAAGUUAAACUAAGGUUAUCAAUGUUUAAAAAAGGAAAAAAAGCUUUGUAUCUUUACCUUGUUUAAUAAACAGACUGUUAUAAAUUCA